AAAUGAUUAGAGUAAAAUCUGAUAUUUACGUUGAAAUGGGUUUAAGUAUAGUAUAAUGAUUGGAGAUGCUAAGGUCUUCUUCCCAAAUCUUCAGCUCGCGUUCUGUUUCUCCCCAAAUCUUCACCGGAUAGGAAGACAUCUGCUGCUCGAACUAGGAAGUGAACGGGAAAAGAAGCAAGUACAUCUUUUGUUGGUAUAACUAUGGUUGAUGCAUGGACCCUGCUGGGGGCUGCUGUCGUCCCAGUUAUCAUUGCUGGUAGAGCUUUGCGAACGAGAGCAAGACAUGCUGAGGAGCAAAGAUUAAGAAGUGCGUGGAGCCGGGAGAAGAGUGGGGAUGACAUUUUUGUGUGCGAGAGAGUUUGCACAUCGAAGAGGAUGUUGAAGAAAGUAGGAGCCUUCGCCAAGGAUCCUAUCCCGGAUACUUGCAUUACAGUCUGCGGUGUUUCUGAGCUCGAUGCUUGUGCUGAUGCCUGUGCUCGAACUGUGUGUGUCAACCAACAUCAAGUACCCAACUGGAAUGACAUUUGCCUCCGUAGAUGCCAGAGUGAGUGCCUCAAAUUAUCCGAGUCUCGCAUUGCACGUUGAAUGAUUUGAUUUUGUGUUAUCUGAUUAACUCCUCAACAGUUAUGUUCUUGAUGUUAUUAUCAUCUGUUUUUUACUUU